AUGGCAUCAUCUCGUUACGAACUCGACCUGACUCUCAAAUCAGCAAAAUCACUCAAGAACGUCAACUGGCGCCACGGCGCUAACCAACCAUACGCCAUCGUUUGGGUUGAUCAAUCCAACAAAUUCACAACCAAUGUAGACCCAAAUGGCGACACAGAAGCUGAUUGGAAUCAAACAUUGAUCCUCCCUUUACCGCCAAAACCAUUAGAGGAUCUCACUUUAUACGUCGACGUCGUUCACGCUGGAUUUGAAGAAGAUACUAAGAAACUCAUAGGUUCGGCUCGGCUUCAGCUCGUUGAUGUUCUUGGUUUUGGAAUCGGCGAGCGUGAGAGUCACACUCUCGCAUUGAAACGGCCUUCAGGAAGGCCACAAGGGAAGGUUGAAGUUAAGGUGGGGAUUAAAGAGAAUGCUUAUUAUGCGCAAGGUGCGUACUAUCCUCCUCCUUAUGGUGUUCCAUACGGUGCUCCUGCUCCUGUUCCUGCUUCACCUCAGCAACAGCCUCAGGGAUCGUAUUACUCUGCUGCUCCGCCGGCAGGAUACCCUCAAACGGCGUCAUAUGGUGCUCCUGCUCCACCUCAGCAGCAACAGCAGCCGGGGUCGUAUUAUUCUGCUGCUCCGCCAGCGGGGUACCCUCAAACGGCGUCGUAUGGGUCGCAAUCGAAUGUGUAUGUACAAGUGGAAGAAAAGAAGAAGAAUAAGUUUGGUGGGAUGGGAACGGGAUUGGCUGUGGGUGCGGUUGCUGGGGUACUUGGUGGAGUCGCAUUGGCGGAAGGUGCUGAGUACAUUGAAGAAAAGUUUUCAGAUGAUGAUUAG